AUGGACGGCGGGGACCAGCGGAGCCUGGUGGGACAGGGCGAGGGACCCAUGUGCACGUCUGUCUCUGAAGGCCUGGAGGAGGGUGAGGUGGAAGGGGAGACGCUUCUCAUCGUGGAGUCGGAGGACCAGGCAUCGGUGGACCUCUCGCACGACCAAAGCGGUGAUUCGCUGAACAGCGAUGCAGGCGAGGAUGGCGAGGGGGGCUGGAACGAGGACAUGUCCUUCUACUGCGAUAAGUGCCACAAGUGGAUCCCUUCGGCCCAGCUCCGAGGAGACCAGCCCAGCUACCUGAAAGGGGACAACUUCUUCAAGUUCACAUGCAUGGACUGCUCAGACGAAAACAAGGAGAGCUUUGAGAGGAUGCGGCUCACGUGGCAGCAGGUUGUGAUGUUGGCCAUGUAUAACCUGUCUCUUGAGGGGACAGGCCGACAGGGCUACUUCCGUUGGAAAGAGGACAUCUGUGCUUUCAUCAGCCGACACUGGACCUUCCUACUGGGUACAAGGAAGAAGACGUCCACGUGGUGGAGCACGGUGGCCGGGUGCCUCUCCGUGGGCAGCCCCACGUUCUUCCGCUCCGGGGCUCAGGAGUUCGGUGAGCCCGGCUGGUGGAAGCUUGUGCAGAACCGGCCUCCCACCCUCAGGCCGGAGGGAGAGAAGACCUCAGCCGCCUCACUCAAGGCUAAAGCCGCAUCCCGGCCGUCCCUGGACCCCACCAUCACAGUGGAGGGCCUGCGGAAGCGGGGUGGACGCAACCCGGUGGAGAGCGCCAUGCAGCUGAAGGAGAAGCGCUCGCGCACGCAGGAGGCCAAGGACAUCCGGCGGGCGCAGAAGGAGGCGGCUGGCUUCCUGGACCGCAGCGCAGCCUCCACGCCCGUGAAGCUGGGUGGCCGCGGGCGCCGGCCCGACCUGCAGCUGGAGAAGGGAGAGGUACUCGACUUCGCCUCUCUCAGUUCCUCCGACCGGACGCCGCUCACGUCGCCCUCGCCCUCGCCCUCGCCCGACUUCUCUGCUCCGGGAACGCCUGCCUCCCACUCAGCCACGCCCAGCCUGCUUUCAGAGGCGGACCUUAUUCCUGACGUCAUGCCCCCUCAAGCACUGUUUCAUGAUGACGAGGAGUUGGAGGGCGAGGGCGUGAUCGACCCGGGCAUCGAGUAUGCGCCCCCUCCCAGUGUGCCGCUGCCGCCCGGCACCCUUCUCGCCCGGAAGAAGCAGCGGCCCUCCGAGCUUGUCAAGCAGGAGCCGGAGAGUGAGGAUGAGGUGCGGGCUGAAGAAGAGGGGUGCCAGGAUGAGGGCUCGGGCACCCGGGGCCGCAGCGCUGGCGACCGAAGGAAGGAAAGGUGCGAGGGGGGCGUGGCUGGGCCAACGCCCAUCCCUCGCCACGCCCCCCUGGGCUUGUACGAGGAGCGCGCCCUGCUGCGGCGGCUGGAGGCGUGUCCGCACGCGCUCGCCGUCACGCCCCAGGCCCGUCGCCUGCGCCGGAAACUGCUGGUGCGGCAGGCCAAGCGCGAGCGAGGGCUCCCCCUGCUGGACACCGACCAGGCCGUCAGCGCUGCCCUCAGCCUGGUCGGGGGUGUGUACGGGGCCCAGGCGGGCAUGGCCAGCCGUGGCGUCACAGAUGGCACGGAGUACAGGACAAGCAGCCGCGACCUGCGCAUCCUCGACCGCUUUCAGGUGCCAGCAGCCAGCAGGAAGGGCUUCCACCAACACAGCGUCUCCUUCUGGCACAGACUGAUGGGCUCGGACGCCUGUGUGGACCAGGGCAUCAAGAGCCCCUACACGUCCAGAAUGCUCAAACCUUAUAUAAGGAGAGACUACGAGACGAGGCCGCUGAAGAUGAGCUUGCUGGCAGAGAUCAGGGCAUACCCGCACAGGGGCAACCCAUCCUGGGUGGCCGAGCCAGAUGCGCCCAUUGACUACUGCUACGUGCGGCCCAACCACAUCCCCUCCGUCAACGCUAUGUGCCACGAUGUCUUCUGGCCCGGCGUGGACCUGUCCGAGUGCCUACAGUACCCAGACUUCAGUGUGGUGGUGCUCUAUAAGAAGGUGGUGAUUGGCUUUGGCUUCAUGGUGCCUGAUGUGAAGUAUAACGAGGCCUACAUCUCCUUCCUGCUGGUGCAUCCUGAGUGGAGGAGGGCCGGCAUCGCCACCUUCAUGAUCUACCACCUCAUUCAGACAUGCAUGGGGAAGGACGUGACCCUGCACGUGUCAGCCAGUAACCCGGCCAUGCUGCUCUACCAGAAGUUUGGCUUCAAGGCGGAGGAGUACAUCCUGGACUUUUACGACAAAUACUACCCCGUGGACAGCAGAGAGUGCCGCCACGCCUUCUCCCUGCGGCUGCGGCGCUGACGCCCACCAUGCCCACUGGUCUCGCUCACCACACCCCUGGAUUCGCCCAUCAGGCACACAGUCUGGGCUGGAUUUCCCAAGCACUGACUAGGGCACCUGGAGGAAAUGACGACUGACGCUGCAAUUUCAAGAGAAAAUACACUGUCCAAUUACUGACACACUGCUCCAUGUUGCAUCAAACUGCAACUUUGUCUUUAUAUGGGAUUUGUGGAUUUAGAGGUCUUAUGUUAAUGUGUAGAACACAUGGUAGACUGUGUGUGUGUCAUCAUUUUGUGUGUACUGUACAUUGUGAUGUAUUGUGUAAUUUCUGAAGAAAAGGGCUUGCCCACCAGUGUCCUGUGGGACCACCUUUGUGGUGAUGUACCAUCACAGACAAACCACACACAGACUUUUUUUUUUUUUUUGUGUUCUUCCUAAUUGGUAUUAGGUCAGUUUCAUACUCUUAUUUGGCUGGUUUUUUUAGCACAAAGCUCACUGGUGAACAAGCUAGAUGUUCAGGUUACCAUAGUAAUGGGCUGAACCAGAAAGAGCUUGCUUUCGAUGUCCGUGAGUUUCAGUCUUGAGGCCGAGCUGCAUUCCCAAAUGCAUGACACUAAGCCAGGACUAGUGUGUGUCUGAGCUGGUCGUACUUCCUUAAUUCGGAUGCUCUAACGUAAACAAGCAGGUUGUGUGUAGUGAUGGUCAUUUUUCUUUGUUGUUUUUCACUCUAAACCAGGGUGUUUAAAGCCCUGUCUUGUUUAAAUCUGUCAGUGGGUCAGACAAACUGAGCUCUUUAUUUCCAGUGAAGUAAAUGUGUAAUUCCCCCCCCCCAUUUUCCAUAAAAUGUUUCUAUAUAACUAUAUGAUGAGAAUAAAAUGUCAGGACCUAACUAAUCAUGUUCAGAAAAAACAUGAAAUGAAUGACUGGAUUAAUCUUUUUUUUGUCACAGCCAAUUGUGUUAAACAUUUUGAAUCAUACUGGAAACAUUUUCAAAUUAAAACAAAAAUGCAAUAAUGUGUCUAAAAACAA